AUGGCGACAGUAACUCAUUCCAACCUCAAGACCAGCCUGGGGUCGCUCGUCAUAGGCAGCCUAGCUGCGACUGCACUGUCUGGUAUUGUGAUGAUGCAGGGCAUCCUGUAUUUCCGGAUGUUCGGGAAAGAUCAUCUAGGAAUGAAGCUGAUCGUAUCAAGCAUCAUCUUGUUGGAUCUGUUGCACACAGCCAUGCUCUGGACGGCAGACUGGAUGUACCUGGUCGCCGGAUUCGGUGAUAUGAACAUCACAAACCAUGUUUUUUGGUCUGCAGGGGUUAGCAUUGCAUUGACGGCGAUGACGACAGUUAUCGUGCAUUUCUUCUUCACGUACAGACUAUUCAGGCUUAGCAAAGGCAACUAUUUCAUCACUGUACCCAUGGCUAUCAUCGCUCUCCUUCGAGUCGGCUCUGCAUUCACCACUGCCGGUGAACUGAAGUUUCUCGGCGUUCUACACACAUUACCGCUGGCUGUUACGCUUGGUCUGGUAUUAUCGACUGCUUUGGAUAUUAUGAUCACCUCGGGCCUGUGCAUUUUCUUGAGGAAAAGCCGUAGCAGCGGCAACGGAAGUUCUGGACGGCUCGAUCACAUCCUGAACUCGAUGACAUUGUACACCAUCGAGACCGGUAUGGUCACAUGUAUUGCUACCGCAAUCUCGCUCAUCUUUUGGCUCGCCAAACCUCACGCGCUCAUCUAUCUCGGUCUUCACUUUGCGAUUAGCAAAUUUUAUGCGAACUCCUUCCUUGCCUCCGUGAACGCACGUAAGCUGCUCAGGGCGCAGCACGUGUCCCUUUCAACUUCUGGCUCGGGUGCGCUCCCUCCUGUCUUCACCAACCGGUUCAUCAGGCAGUCCGGAGUUUCUGUUCAGCCGGACACGGUGGAUCUCACGAGCUCGAAGCUGCAAAUCACGAUCGACAAGACGGUUGAUUAUGCCACCGACGACAUCCCCAUGUCUUCGACGAGAACGACUCGGUCCAACUCGGCCACUUCUCCCAUGGAAGACGUGAAGGCGAAAGUAUGA